AUGUCCACUGACGGCCACGACUUCAAGCCCGGCCGCCACUUCUGGCUCGCCCUGGCCCCCGUCGCCCUCUUGGCCAUGAUGGUCUCGCUCGACGGCACCUCCGUCUCCGUCGCCUUGCCCAUCAUGGCCGAGAGCUUGCACGGCACCGCCGCCGAGGCCUUCUGGACCGGCACCAGCUUCCUUCUGAGCUCCGCCGUCUUCCAGUUGCCCAUAGGCUCGCUGUCCGAGACGUUCGGCCGCAUGUACACGCUCGCGGCGUGCACUCUGCUCUUCCUCAUCGGCAUCAUCAUUUCCAGCGUCUCGCACAACUUCACCCCCAUGCUGCUUGGCCGCACCAUCCAAGGCAUGGGCGGCGGCGGCAUCAUCCUGCUCAAUGACAUCGUCAUCACUGACCUUGUACCCAUGCGCCAUCGCGGUACCUACUUUGGCAUCAUUGGCGGUGUCUGGGCACUCGGAAGUGUCUCCGGACCCGUCAUCGGCGGCGCGCUAGCCUAUGAGGCCUCUUGGCGCUGGCUUUUCUGGAUCAACAUCCCCUUUGCCGCUAUCGCACUCGUCAUGAUCCCCAUCUACCUGCGGUUGAAACGCACGCCGGGCUCAGUGCUCGAGAAGCUGCGCUCCAUCGACUGGAUCGGCAGCGUGCUCUUCAUCGGCGCCACCUCGAGCUUCCUCAUCCCCAUAACGUGGGGUGGCGUCCAGUUCCCCUGGGAGUCGUGGCACACGUUAGUGCCGCUGCUGAUGGGCGUGGCGGGCAUGGCGGCCUUCUGCGUGUACGAGAAGCUCGUCCCCUCUACACCCAUCAUCCACCUCGACCUGCUGCGUGACUACAACAUGGCCUAUUCGCUGUUCGCAGCCAUUAUUAACGCCGCCAUCGUCUACGGCGCGCUGUACUUCCUUCCGCUCUACUUCGAAGCCACAAAGGACUACAACCCGACCGUGUCGGGCGUGGCUCUCUUCCCCGCCACUUUCACCGUCGCCCCCAUGUCCAUCAUCGCCGGCAUCGUCAUCUCCAAGACGGGCGACUUCCGCGUCGUCACUUGGGUCGGGUGGAUCUUGUCCACGGUCGGACUCGGAGUCAUGACGCUGCUCGAUGUCGACACCUCGGUCGUGAAAUGGUUUUUCAUGACAUUUACGACUGGCCUCGGCCUGGGACUGCUGUACACGUCGCUCGCCAUCAUUAACCAGGCAGCGACGCCUUCCGAUGACGCCAUGGCCAUCGCCAUUGGGCUUUUCAUCUUCGCACGCUGCCUCGGCCAGUGCCUCGGCGUCGCCAUGUCCGGCAGCGUAUUCCAGAACCAAAUGAAAGCCAAGCUGCUGAAAACCGAGACGCUGGCCGACAAGGCCACCGAGUACUCUCGAGACGCAACCAGCAUCGUUGCCCUGCUGGGCGGCAUGCCAGACGAUGAGCGCAAGCGCGAGCUGAUACAGGCGUAUGCGGACGCGCUGAAGAUCGUGUGGGCUGUGUUUGCGGCGCUGAGUGGGGCGGCGAUGUUGGCAGGGUUUUUCAUAAAGAAGGUAAGUCUGGACCGAGCGCAUCAGACGCGGCAAGGCCUGGAUGCGAGUGACGCAGAAGAUAGUGGGAACGAGGAGGGUGGGUUUGGCGACAGGGACGCCGAUGGUAGGAGCGAGGUGACGACUGCGGAGAAGGUCGAGAAGGUUGACGCUGAGGAGAAGCAUGGCGAUGACAUCCCCCCUACCCCUACCACCCCCACCACCCCCAUCACCGCUGCCACUACCACCACCACCCUAGCCGAGCCAAAUCACCGCAUUGACACUGUUGAAGCAAAAGAGCAUAGUUGA